GCAGCCGGAGCGCGAUGGCGGCCGAGCGGGGCCGCUGGCGGCAGCAGAACCAGGACGCUCCGGGGCAGCAGCGGCGGCGGAGGUGGCGGCAGCAACAGCAACAGCAGCGCUCCAGGCCCGGGCUGAGGCGGCGGCCGAGAGGGCCGGGCCGGGCCUGGCGAGGCGGCAGGGGGUGCUGAGGGGGGCCUCAGGCCUGCCGGGCGCCAUGAGCCAAGGCAGUGGAAGCGGCGGCGGCGGUGAGCCGGAGGCCAAGGCUCUCCACACCAAGAGGCUCUACCGAGCUGUGGUUGAAGCAGUGCAUCGAUUGGAUCUCAUUCUUGGAAACAAGGCAGCUUAUCAAGAAGUAUUUAAGCCAGAGAACAUCAGCCUGAGAAACAAGCUCCGUGAACUGUGUGUAAAGCUGAUGUUCCUGCACCCUGUGGACUAUGGGAGGAAGGCAGAGGAACUGCUGUGGCGGAAAGUUUACUACGAAGUCAUCCAGCUGAUUAAAACAAAUAAAAAGCACAUUCAUAGUCGGAGCACCUUGGAGUGUGCUUACCGGACUCACCUGAUUGCCGGCAUCGGGUUUUACCAGCACCUGCUUCUCUACAUUCAGUCUCACUACCAGCUGGAGUUGCAGUGCUGCAUCGACUGGACCCACGUGACGGAUCCUCUGAUGGGUUGCAAGAAGCCAGUCUCUGCAUCAGAGAAGGAGAUGGACUGGGCUCAGAUAGCCUGCCACCGAUGUCUGGUUUACCUGGGGGAUUUAGCUCGAUAUCAGAAUGAAUUGGCAGGCGUGGACACAGAAUUGCUGGCUGAAAGAUUUUACUAUCAAGCUCUCUCUGUCGCCCCACAAAUUGGGAUGCCUUUUAACCAACUUGGGACGCUGGCUGGGAGUAAAUACUACAAUGUGGAAGCUACCUAUUGCUACCUGCGCUGCAUCCAGUCGGAAGUGUCCUUUGAAGGCGCUUACGGGAAUCUGAAGCGCCUCUAUGACAAGGCAGCCAAAAUGUAUCACCAGCUGAAGAAAUGCGAGACCCGGAAGCUGUCCUCAAGCAAAAAAAGGUGCAAAGACAUUAAAAGGUUACUGGUGAGCUUCAUGUAUCUACAGAGCCUCUUUCAGCCAAAGAGUAGUUCUGCUGACUCGGAGCUGACCUCCCUCUGCCAGUCAGUCCUGGAGGAAUUGAACCUCUGCCUUUUCUACUUGCCCUCUUCACCCCACCCGACCUCCACUGUGGAGGAGGAGGAGGAGUGGGAGAACGGCUGCUCCUUCCUGCCGGACCUGCUCAUCUUCCGCAUGAUCGUCAUUUGCCUGAUGAGCGUCCACAGCCUCAAGAGGGCAGGCUCCAGACAGUACAGUGCAGCCAUUGCAUUCACCCUGGCCCUUUUUUCACACCUGAUUAACCAUGUCAACAUCCGCCUCCAAGCCGAACUGGAAGAAGGAGAGAACCCAGUUCCAGCCUUCCAGAACGAUGGCACCGAGGGCCCAGAGGCCCAGGAGACGGCAAACUCCGUCGAGAGAGAAAGUGAAGCUGACUCGGCUGGCCCCCGGCCCCCUGGGGAGCCACAGCAGAACGACAGCCAAAAGGGCAAAAAGUAUUCGCGCCUCUCUUGCCUGCGCCGUCGCCGCCGGGCCCAGAAGCUGGAUGAGAGUGACCUGAGCGAGGGCUUCGACUCAGAUUCCAGUCCAGAGUCCACCAAAGCCAGUGGCGCCUCGGAGACGGGCUCCGAGAAGAGCGACGAAGAAGCCGAGGCGGCCUUUGACAUGGAGUCUGAUUCCGACAUGAACAGCCAGGAAUCCCGCUCGGAUCUGGAAGACAUGGAGGAAGAGGAGGCCGAGGCUGAAGGGGGCAAUGGAAAGUGGGGCCAGCCCCGGGGUGUCAAGAACGGGACCAGGGGAGCCCCAGACUUUUUGGCCAGUGAAGGGGGUCGGCUGCCAGACUUGAAGGGCCCUGGCCUCCCCAAGACUGACCCUCCAGAGCCUGUGGCCAACGGGCCGGGCUCCUUGGGUGGCAGUGAGGCCAGCAUCGCCAGCAACCUGCAGGCCAUGUCCACGCAGCUCUUCCAGACCAAGCGGUGCUUCCGGCUGGCCCCCACUUUCAGCAACGUCCUUCUGAAGCCGGGCUGUGGGCCGCCCACUCCGAAGGAGGCAACAGGAGAUGGCAAGCCUUGCGUCAACGGGGACGUGGAGAGGUCCUUGGCACCUGAGCCAGACGAUGUUUCCGAGUCAGAAGAAAGCAUCUCCAGCAGCAGAUCCUGCAGGAACGAGCGUUCUCUCCAAGAGAAACUGGAAAUUAUAAGUGGCGAAGGAUUGCUGCCCACUGUCAAGGUGUUCCUGGACUGGCUGAGAACGAACACCGACCUCAUCAUCAUGUGCGCGCAGAGUUCCCAGAGUUUAUGGAAUCGACUUUCAGUCCUCCUAAACCUGCUUCCUUCAGCUGGAGACCUGCAAGAUUCUGGCUUGUUCCUCUCCAGUGAAGUGAAGAGCAUGUUGUCGGGCUGCGAACUUCCUGACUUGAACACUUCCUUGCUCCUGCCAGAAGACGUGGCCCUCCGCAACCUGCCCCCUUUGAAGAGCGCGCACAAGAGGUUUAACUUUGAGCAGGACCGGCCUGUCCUUACCGAAGUGGAGGAGUCCGUGGUUCGCAUCUGCUGCAUCCGAAGCUUCGGCCAUUUCAUCACCCGUCUGCAAGGCAGCAUCCUGCAGUACAACUCCGAAGUGGGCAUCUUCAUCAGCAUCGCACAGUCAGAGCAGGAUGGCCUGCUGCAGCAGGCCCAGGCGCAGUUCCGCAUGGCUGCCGAGGAAGCCCGACGGAACCGGCUGAUGCGUGACAUGGCCCAGCUUCGACUGCAGCUGGAGGUGUCCCAGCUGGAAGGCAGUCUCCAGCAGCCCAAGGCUCAGUGUGUGAUGUCCCCUUACCUGGUCCCGGACACCCAGGCCCUCUGCCAGCACCUCAGCCCCAUCCGGCAACUGGCUGCCAGCGGGAGGUUCAUUGUCAUCAUCCCACGGACAGUCAUUGAUGGCUUAGAUUUCCUGAAGAAGGAGAAUGCAGGAGCUCGGGACAGCAUCCGAUACUUAGAAGCAGAAUUUAAAAAGGGAAACAGGUAA